CUCAGGUGCGGCGGUGAGACCUUCAGGUGCCAAGGAGGGACCCUCCAGGUGCUGAGGAGAGAUUCUCAGGUGUGAGGGAGGGACCCUCAGGUGUGGCGGUGAGACCUUCAGGUGUGGCGGUGAGACCUUCAGGUGUGAGGGAGGAACUCCCAGGUACCGAGAUGCCACCCUCAGGUGCGGCGGUGAGACCUUCAGGUGCCAAGGAGGGACCUCCAGGUGCUGAGGAGAGAUUCUCAGGUGUGAGGGAGGGACCCUCAGGUGUGGCGGUGAGACCUUCAGGUGUGGCGGUGAGACCUUCAGGUGUGAGGGAGGAACUCCCAGGUACCGAGAUGCCACCCUCAGGUGUGGCGGUGAGACCUUCAGGUGCCAAGGAGGGACCUCCAGGUGCUGAGGAGAGAUUCUCAGGUGUGAGGGAGGGACCCUCAGGUAACGAGGGACGCUCAGGUGUCAGUGAGAAACUUCCAGGUGUGAGAGGGGGACCUUGAGGUGUCAAGGAGGAACCCCCAGGUACCGAGGAGACGGGCCCCAGGUGUGAGGGAAAGAGGGGGAGAGGGGGAAGGUGAGUGUGCAACGGGGCCCAGGCGUGCAACGGGAUCUCAGUGUGCAAUGGGGUCGGGGCUUAAGACUGUGAAAGGAUCCAGGUGUGCAACAGGAUCCAGGUGUGCAAUGGGAUCCAGGUGUGCAAUGGGAUCUGAGCGUUGCAACAGGAUCCAAGUGUGUAAUGGGAUCCAGGUGUGCAAUGGGAUCCGGACACGGGAAUGUGAUAGGACCCAAGUGUGCAACGGGAUCCAAGUGUGCAACAGGAUCCAGGUGUAAAAUGGGAUCCAGGUGUGUAACAGGAUCCCAGUCUGCGACAGGGUCCGAGUGUGCAGUGGGAUCCAGGUGUGUAACAGGAUCCAGGUGUGUAACAGGGAUCCAGGUGUGUAACAGGGAUCCAGGUGUGUAACAGGAUCUCGGUGUUCAAAGGGAUCCGAGUGUGCCACGGGAUCUGGACUUAAGACUGUGAAAGGAUCUGAGUGUGCAACGGGAUCCGAGUGUGCAACGGGAUCCGGGGUGUGCAACGGGAUCCGAGUGUGCAACACGAUCCGGGUGUGCAACGGGAUCUGGACAUGGGAAUGUAACAGGAUCUGAGUGUGCAACAGGAUCUGGGCGUGCAACGGGAUCUGGACAUGGGAAUGUGAUGGGAUCCAAGUGUGCAGCGGGAUCCAGGUGUGCAACAGGAUCUGGAAAAGAGAAUGUAACAGGAUCUGAGUGUGCAACGGGAUCUGGGUGUGCAAUGGUAUCUGAAUGUGUAACAAGAUCCCAGUGUGCAACGGGAUCCGAGUGUGCAACAGGACCCAAGUGUGCAAUGGGACCUGGAUAUGGGAAUGUAACAGGAUCCAAGUGUGCAACGGGAUCCGAGUGUGCAACAGGAUCCAGGUGUGCAACGAGAUCUGGACACGGGAAUGUAAUGGGAUCUGAGUGUUCAAAGGGAUCCGAGUGUGUAAGGGGAUCCGAGUGUGCAAUGGGAUCCGGGUGUGCAAUGGGAUCUUGGUGUUCAAAGGGAUCCGAGUGUGCAACGGGAUCUGAGUGUGCAACAGGAUCCAGACACGGGAAUGUGACGGGAUCUGAGUGUGCAACGAGAUGCGGGCGUGCAACGCGAUGCCUGUGUGAAAUGGGACCCAAGUGUGCAAAAGGGUCCAAGUGUGCAACGGGAUCUGGACUUCAGACUGUGAAAGGAUCCCAGUGUGCGACAGGAUCCGAGUGUGCAACGGGAUCCAAUUGUUCAAAGCAAUCUGAGUGUGCAACAGGACCCGAGUGCGCCCUGGGACCCGAUUGUGCAAGGGGGUUUGGGCGUGCAAGGGGGUUUGGGCGUGCAAGGGGCUCUGGGCGUGCGCGGGUGUGCGCUGAGUGUGCAACGGGACAUGGACAGCGGGCGCCGGGACGUGGACGUGGGCAUCCGGUGGGACGUGAGCGUGCAACGGGAGCUGAGUGUGCAACAGGAGAUGGACCUGGGCGCCCGGCGGGAUCUGAGCGUGCAACAGCAGCAGCAGCGCAAGCUGAGCGUGCAACAGCUGGAGGCGCAGCGGCGGCUGAGCGUGCAACAGGAGCUGGGCGUGCAACGGGAGGUGGAGAUCCAGAGGAAGCUGAGCGUGCAACAGGAGCUGGGCGUGCAACGGCAGCUGGAGCUGGGCGUGCAGUGGGAGCCGGGCGUGCAACGGGAGCCGGGCGUGCAACGGGACGCGGAGAUGGGCGUGCAACAGGAGCUGGGCGUGCAAGGAGCGCCCGGCGCGCUGUGGGACGUGGAGAUGGGCGUGCAGCCGGAGAUGGGCGUGCAAGGACACGUGGGCGUGCAACAGGAGCUGCCGGACGCGGACAUGGGCGUGCAAUGGGAGCCGGGCGUGCAAGGGGAGCUGCUGGGCGGUGCAACAGGCGGCGGAGGCGGGCGUGCAACAGGACGUGAUGGUGCAAGAGGCGAUGAUUGUGCAAGAGGCGAUGAUUGUGCAACGAGACGCAAACGUGGCGCCGGACCCGGGCGUGCAAGAGGCGCCGAGUGUGCAACGGGAGGCGCCGCCGGGCGUGCAAGAGCCCCUGGGCGUGCAAGGGGACGUGGGAGUGUGACCGGGCGUGCAAAGGGGGGGGUGGGGUCCCCCUCAGGGCCGGGCACGCGCGUGUGCGAGGCUUGCACGCGCAUGUGGGGGUGAUGGCAGCCCCGUGCACGCGCGUGUGCAAGGAUCACACACUCACUGUCACGUGUCCCUUGCACGCUCACACCGCGUGUCGCGUGCUCACAAUGUGCCCUUGCACACUCACACACACCCCUUGCACACUCACAGCCGCUCUGACACGCCUUGCACACUCACAGCUUGCACUCAGCCGCCCCUUGCACACUCACAGCUCUCCCCUUUGCACACCCACGGACACACACCCACACACACACCCCUUGCACACUCACAGCGUCUCUGACGCACAGCCCUUGCACACUCGUGGCUCACACACUUGCCCCGUUCCUUGCACACUCACGCAAAACUCUCAACCCCCUUUGCACACUCCUGUGCCUCUCCUGUCCCUCCCCUUACACACUCGUGUGCAACACACUCACCCCCACACUUUGCACACUCACCGACUCCCCCUUGCAAACUCGCCCCUCCCCCUUGCACACGCACAUUCACGUGCGACACAAUCACCCCACCCCUUGCACACUCACCGAACCCCCUUGCACACCCACCCCCAUCCCUUGCACACCCACCGACCCACCCUUACACGCGCAUUCACACCCCUUACACACUCGCGUGCAACACGCCCGCCCCCACACGUUGCACACUCACCCCUUGCACACGCGCGUGCCCCUCCCCCCCUCCCUUUCACACUCGCCCCUCCCCCCCUUUGCACACGCGCUCUGAGCCACUCCCCCUUUUACACGCGAGC